AAUAAACAAGAGAGGUGUUCAAAUCAGACCGGCAGCUCCGUGAUCGAGAUUUUGUGGUGUUAAGACUCUUGAGUCUUGACUGGUCAGUUACCUUUUCGGUUUCUGUAUCCCAUUUGUUGCUUCCUGCUUUAUAACGCAGUUUGACUAUGUCUGCUGCUUCUGCAACCGCUGUAGCAGCCUACAUUUCUAGACCAAACUGUACCAGUCUCAGCCACGUACCCGUUUGGAGAAGCUCUUCUUCUCUAAGACCACAGCCGUCUCUUACUCGCAUCUUCUUCAAAAUCCCAUGUGGGUUUUCCAAGCGAAGCUCGGUCUUCACUGGAUUCAGACCUCUUUCCCCUGUUAUGGAAUGGCAGGACUGCACAGUAAAGACAAAAAUUGAUGUGCCUAUUUCAGUCGCAUAUGAUUGUUACUCUGAUCGUGAGGCCAUUCCCCAGUGGAUGCCCUUUAUUUCUACUGUAAAGGUAUUGGAAGACAAGCCUGACCUAUCACGAUGGUCACUUAAGUAUAGAGCUUUUGGGCGUGAUAUUGAAUUCUCAUGGCUUGCUCGAAAUAUGCAGCCCACCCGAAAUCAGAAAAUCCACUGGAGAUCUCUGGAAGGUCUUCCUAACAGAGGCGCUGUUCGUUUUUAUCCAAAAGGUCCUUCGUCAUGCAUAGUAGAAUUAACAGUCUCUUACGAAGUUCCUGGAAUUUUGGCUCCAGUGGCGUCAGCACUGCAACCUUUUACUGAAAGUUUACUUGGACGUGGCUUGGAAAGGUUUGCAACAUUUGCAAAAAGCUACAAAUCGGACUCAACUGUUUAAUAUUGUUAAUGGUAGCUAAACUUGUAAAUGGGUGACCAUUCUUAUGUUCAGCGAAUUGCCAUUUAUUCAUUUUAACUUGGCAAAUAUUUCCAAUGGAAUCUAGUUCUGCGGUUCUACCA